AUGCUCCCCAGAGUGGACUGCUUUGGAAAGCAGGAACUGAAGAGGAACUGGAACUGCCAGUCCCAGCUAGGCAGGUCCCAUGGGUGCAGGGCCAGGGCCAGGCCAGACAGGUACCUGCAGCAGGGUUCAGCUGAUUCCUACACUAGUAGACCCUCGGAUUCCGACGUGUCCCUGGAGGACGACCCAGAGGCGUCUCGGCUUGAAGCCGAGCGCCAGGCCCAACUGCAGCUGGAGAGAGCCAAGUCGAAACCGGUAGCAUUUGCAGUGAAGACCAACGUGAGUUACUGUGGGGCUCUAGAUGGGGAAUGUCCUGUCCAAGGUGCUGCUAUCAACUUUGAAACCAAAGACUUUCUACACAUAAAAGAGAAAUACAGCAAUGACUGGUGGAUCGGUCGGCUGGUGAAGGAAGGGGCGGACAUCACCUUCAUCCCCAGCCCGGUGAAACUGGAGGCCAUGCGGAUCAAACAGGAACAAAAACAGGCACAGAGGAAAGCAGCGAACACAUCGUCCAGCUGGAGGUCCACACCACCAUCUGCAGCCAAACAGAAGCAAAAGCAGACAGAGCAUCUCCCACCCUAUGAUGUUGUUCCCUCCAUGAGGCCGGUGGUGUUGGUGGGGCCCUCCCUGAAAGGCUAUGAGGUAACGGACAUGAUGCAGAAGGCCCUGUUUGACUUCCUGAAACACAGGUUUGAUGGGAGAAUCUCUAUCACACGGGUGACUGCUGAUCUGUCAUUAGCCAAAAGGUCUGUACUGAACAAGAAGGCCAUCAUGGAGAGGUCCAACACACGCUCCAGUCUAGCUGAGGUCCAGAGUGAGAUUGAGAGAAUUUUUGAGCUGGCUAAGACCCUACAGCUUGUAGUUCUGGAUGCAGACACCAUCAACCACCCAACACAACUCCUCAAAACAUCCCUGGCUCCUAUCAUCAUUUACGUUAAGGUGUCCUCUCCAAAGGUUCUUCAGAGGCUCAUCAAAUCUCGGGGGAAAUCUCAAAGUAAACACCUCAACGUACAGAUGAUGGCAGGAGACAAACUAGCACAGUGUCCACCCGAGAUGUUUGAUGUGAUCCUGGAUGAGAACCAGCUGGAGGAUGCAUGUGAACACCUGGCAGAGUACCUGGACAUCUACUGGCGCGCCACUCACCUGCCCUGUUCCACCCCCCUCAACCCCCUAUUGGACCAGAGCGUGGUCACCCCGCCCUCUGCUAACUCCAGCCAACAGUUCUCAGAGACUCAAGAGUUAAUAGAAUGAUCACUACCUAGCUACCACAGACUCAGACCUGGCAGCCACUGCUGUGGUUCAGAGGUAAGGGGUCAGAAGUCCGAGGUCACUGGGGGUCACGGGGGGACCAGGGGUCGGCAGCAUUCGUUCGUGUCUGGAUAGGCACCAUCUCCACAGGCCUGCCCCUCUCAAUCCUGGAGAGGUAGAAGGAGAUGGACGACAGGGGGACAGGGCAGCUUGCAUCUGAGAUAGACAGCAGGAGAAGGCGGUUGAGGAGCAGUAAGAGGAGCAUGACGAGGAGGAGGAAGAGGAGAACACCCCCCACCCCCCCGAAAAAGACGGACCCCCACCUCCACGCUGCCCCCUGCUGGAGAGUCCUCCCAGAGUCCCCUGACUGAUCCCACAGCCACAUGAUGCUUCUCAGGGCCACGCACUGCAACAGCACUCAAAGGGAAAACAAACCAGAGCAGCGACCGGACCGCCAGCUUGACCCAGACCAAACCCUCUCGCCCCUUACAUCCCCAAACCUCACUCUUCGCCCCCACCCUAACCCUCAGCGCUAUUAGCACUCAAAACCACUUAGCGAUAGCACCCAAACAGUUAUGUAAAACCCAAACUUUCACCACUGAACCAACCCAUGUGUUUCCACUAAGGGCAGGCCUUUCCAGACACAGAUGGGUUGGUCCAGGUCUGGUUCACACUCUGAAACAACAAAUGUAAUCUAAUGCUUAAUAAUGCUUAGACUGUUGCAUAGUGUGGCAUAGGUCUCUUUCUAAAAUCACUGUCCAAUCAGAAUUUAUGAAUGUGCUUAGAGUACAGUACAGUAGGGAAGAGUACAGUACAGUAGGGAAGAGUACAGUAGGGUAGAGUACAGUACAGUAGG